GCCAGGGCGCAGCGGGAGCGGCCCCCGCUCCUCUCCGGUGCCAGCGCGACGCCGAGAUGGAGGUUGGUGUUUGCAAGCAGGAGAUUCUCCAGAAGAAGAAUGCUGUUUUGGUGGAUGGGGUCAUUCUAAAUGGUCCAAUAAUGGACUCAAAAGCAGGAGAGAAGUUCGUGGAAGAGGCCUGUCAGAUUAUAAUGGAAGAAGUUGUCCAGAAAGCGGACGAUGUAACAGAAAAGGUCUGUGAAUGGCAAGCCCCUGAAAAGCUUAAGCAGAUUCUUGACCUGGAAAUGAGGGACACUGGAGAAUGUCAUCAGAAGAUCCUGCAGCUCUGCCGUGAUGUUAUAAAAUACAGCGUCAAAACCAAUCAUCCAAGAUUUUUCAAUCAGCUGUAUGCUGGAAUAGAUUAUUACUCGUUAGUGGCUCGUUUCAUUACAGAAGCACUCAACCCCAGUGUAUACACAUAUGAAGUAUCCCCCGUGUUUCUGUUGGUGGAAGAAGCAGUCAUCAAGAAAAUGAUUGAGUUCAUAGGCUGGGAAGAAGGGGAUGGUAUAUUUAAUCCAGGUGGCUCUGUUUCUAAUAUGUAUGCUAUGAACUUAGCAAGGUACAAAUUUUGCCCUGAGAUAAAGGAGAAAGGGCUUUCAGGUCUGCCAAGACUAGUUCUGUUUGCUUCGGAAGAGUGCCAUUACUCCAUGAAGAAGGCAGCCUCCUUCCUCGGUAUUGGCACAGAGAAUGUGUACUUUAUCAAAACAGAUGAAAGAGGUAAGAUGAUACCUGAGGAACUGGAGAAACAAGUCCAGCGGGCCAGGAAAGAGGGGUCAGCACCAUUUCUUGUCUGUGCUACAGCAGGCACAACUGUGCUGGGAGCAUUUGAUCCUCUGGAUAAAAUUGCUGAUAUCUGUGAAAAGCAUGGCCUCUGGCUUCAUGUUGAUGCUUCUUGGGGUGGCUCAGCUUUGAUAUCAAGGAAGCAUCGCAGACUUCUUCAUGGUAUCUACAGGGCUGAUUCUGUUGCCUGGAAUCCACAUAAAAUGUUGUUGGCAGGAAUCCAGUGCUGUGCUCUUCUGGUGAAAGACAACUCUGGCCUCCUGAAGAAGUGUUACUCUGCCGAGGCUGCGUACCUGUUCCAGCAGGACAAGUUCUACGAUGUCAGCUACGACACUGGUGACAAGUCCAUCCAGUGCAGCAGGCGUCCGGACGCGUUCAAAUUCUGGCUGAUGUGGAAAGCUUUGGGAACCACAGGCCUGGAGGAGAGAGUAAACAGGGCACUGGCUUUGGCAAGAUAUCUAGUGGAGGAAAUUAAAAAAAGAGAAGGAUUCCAGCUUAUUUUGGAGCCGGAGUAUGCAAACGUCUGCUUUUGGUACAUUCCACCGAGCUUAAGAAAAAUGGAGGAUGGACCUGAAUUUUGGCAAAAGCUGCACCAGGUUGCUCCAGUAAUUAAGGAGAGGAUGAUGAAGAAGGGCAGCAUGAUGCUUGGGUACCAGCCCCACUGGGGCAAAGUCAACUUCUUCCGCCAGGUGGUUAUCAGCCCGCAAGUUAGCCGAGAGGACAUGGACUUCCUGCUGGAUGAAAUCGAGCUUCUUGCUAAGGACUUGUAGCUGUAGCUCCACAGCAUCAGGUGCUGCUCAUGUGUGAUAUUUAUGGAGGGAGAGUGGCAGCAGCAUUCUGGUGCUGUUUUGUGAAAGGUAGUAAAAAGCUUGACAUAUAGUUUGGAAAGUAUCGUUUUACAGAUUGGUGUUGAGAGCUUUGCAGGUAGAACACCCCUUUACAGGAAAGUAUUUGCUGACAGGGGCUGGGGGGCAGGCUGGUGCUUCCAGCACCAUUGCUGCCAUUCUAGGAAGUGUUUCUUCAAGAAAGAAGUGCUUCUGAAAAUGGUGUCUAUGUCCCAGGAAAGGCAGCUAUUUACUGGGUGCCUGUGCACAGUGUAGCUCAAACUGGCCACUUAUGCAUGCAGGCAAAAUUCCUCUGAAGUUGCUGUUACAAGUGAAUUUGUCAGUGAGCCUUAAGAUGCUAGCUAAUUCUCUUACCUACUCUGUCAAUAUUUUAGUUUGGUAAUUAACAUGAUAAGGCUGGAAACUGUGGACUUGUGUGAAACGAGUUCCUCAAGGCCACCUAACUAGGUGGAUUGCCCAGGUUUUCUGCUGUGAGCAGAGGCAGACAGUACAAUGGGGCUCAGUGCAGUUAUCACACCAGGAGGUUUGCAGGAACCUCCUGCACAAAACCCCGAGUAACCAAUAUUGACCCUGCUGGGAGCAGGUUGAAGAGAUGACCUUUUAAGGUCACUUCCAACCCACAGGAUUUUGUGAUUCCGAUGAAACACAGUCGUUUGGUCCAGUCAGUGUUUGCCCAUUCAACAUAUCACCACUUUAGGAGAGCUGGAAAUAUUCAAAUAGCAUUUAGAACUUCCAACUUCUUUGUUAACAGGAGUUACCUAUCAUUUCUGAAUAGCUGUUCACCUUCGUCUAUCUUUAAAGCGUAAAGAUUUAUUUAAAAGAUUUUAGA